AUGGACGCCAACGACGACGAUGCGGCCCGUUGUCUUCCCAAGUUCCCCCACAUCUUCUCGCCUCCCCCUCAGACCGAGAUCAUUCUUUACCCCGAAACCCUUGAUGCCGGAGGUUCAUCGCACGGCAUUGCUGGUCAUGGAGCCACUCUGACCAAGAAGCAAGGCCACAACGAGGUCAAGAUCGAACCUGCCCCCAAAGAAGCACUUUAUUCUGGCCUCAAGGCCAGUGCGGAAGUGCCCUCCAAGUCCCCGAAAGUUCAAGCAGUGGGGGGAUUGACGUUGGAAGUUUCGGAAGAACCUACGACGGCGGGUAACUCUCUUCCUCUCACGCCUGGCCCGGAAGAUGCGCAACCAGAUCAGGAUAGUCCGGAUGAAACCACAGAAGAGUCAUCCAUUACUGCUACAGUUGCUCGUAGGUCAAACGUCAGUUUGUGCGACGAAGAUGACGAUACGCCCCAACAGCCAAAGUCAGACAAGAGAGCCCCAGAUGUCGACUCUGCAAUUCAUGAGAGCCCCGGCCGUCCUCCACAUGCCCUGACAAAGAGGCAUCUCAGAUCAAUCCCCGAAGCAAAGCUCUACAACUUGGGUGCCAUACCGAAUCGGCUUCCAUACGAAGCAUCCAAGGCUGCAACUACAGGCAGUGACACCCCACAACUGAGAGACUUUGAUACCGAGUCAAUUAGCACAUUUGGAACUCCGGAAGCAUCCCGCGAGUCCGAAUGCAAAGUCCACGGCGUCUUUGAUACACGAUCCAUUAGCUCAACAUUCCGCGGUUCUCAAGAUGCAGAAGACAGAACUUCGUUUAUUCUACACAACAGACCACGCCUUUCCCACAGAGCUGAGCGGAGCUCUAGCGACAUGAUGAAUAUCGGUCCCGAGGUCAGUCAAGACAUUGUCAGGAAAGUAAGCGAUAGGCUUCAAAUGAUUCGACACUUGAGGGAGCACCUCCACUUCAUCGAUGGCAAAGGGAAGCAUAUCCCCGCGGCGAACGGGCUAUACCUAGUGGGUGACGAGGAUAUCCGCGACAUUUUGAGGAUUGUGUUGGAAGAAGGUGGGAAGAGAAAAUCAAUGGUUGAGACGGAAAGGAAAAGUACCAAAGGUUCGGCUAGAAGUCGAUCCCUCCCAACUCUUGACGAGUCUUCGAACGCCUUCAUACCUCAGUCGGGAACAUUAGCAGAUCCUGCCACAACCAUUAGUCUACCCAAGACAGCCUACACGAGCAUCAACUCGACAGACAUGAAAGUUCACACCAAGACUCGAGGGGCGGAUACAGACACCACAGCCACAGUAGUCUCGCGUCAGAGUGUUGCCGAGAUUACUUGGGCCCAGAACUAUCCUCCAAAUUACGAUGAAGCCCCAGGAAGCCAUGGUCGAGCCGCGUCAGACUGCUUCUCCCCGACUCACGGUCCCUUACCUUCGUCCUUGGAAGAUCGUCGGCAGAGCCAUCCUGCAGCGGCCAACAGCGACUUUGUCUUGCGACAUUAUAUCACUUCAAGGAGCACAGCCGAGAUCCUAGCAGACAUUGUGUGCAACAAAAGUUUCGAGAAGCAUCAACGGAUAAGCGACGGCACAGUCAUCACGUCGUUCCCCAAGCUCUUGUCCCGCCACUGCACCAGCGACUGGCAAAGCCCACCUACUGACAUUGAAGACUUGAAUAAGCAUACGUCGUCCACUUUGUACCGCCGGGGCGUUGAUGCACACUGCGGCAAUGAAUCGACCAGUUCCUCGGGAUCUCAGGACCUACCCCUGAAACCAGGCAAUACAGACCGCUCUCUGUUUGCCGAGAACCCCUUCUAUUCCAAGUCAGACUGUGGAGGCGCCGAUACGUCCAGGCUGACAACAACUCUGGCUGCAGAAAAGAGGCUCAGCGCUUCGCUGGGGUUAGACUCCGAGAGGCGCCGCAGCACUCAGGUAGCUGGCAUCACAAACGAGACAACAGAAGUUCACGGUAGAACGCGGCCCAGCUUAAUGGAGAGAAUCAGGCAAGGAAGUCACAGGUUUUUUCACCGACAUCAUUCUCGCAAGUCAAGUGAGGCCCAUGGCGCAGUCACAGAGGGAGAAACCCUGGCAAGCAGUGCGCCACGGUCAAGGGACAGCAUUGUGAUCAAGAACACGCCGGAGCCACCGAGGCCGGAUAAAACAGGGAUAUACGAGGCCUUGACGGGGGCCAGACUUAACGUCCAUCGCCAGAGGAAGAACACUUGCUCGGAGGAUAACCGGCCGCAUGUUUGUGAAGACGAUUUCCUGACACCAAGCCGAGCAGGUUCCCCAGCGUGA